CCACAUUUUCAAAAACAAAUUUGUACUUCUUAACACAUUACUAUAACAUGAGGAAAGACGUUCAAUUCUAAUCAAGCAAAAAUGUACUCCUGUCUAUAAAUGUUCAUUUACAAAUAUACAGAGCACAUACUGUGUUAAAAUGUGUGUUGUGCUGUUGACCAAAAAAGAUAGCGCUGCAUCACACACACAGCUCUAUCAUGACGAAAGACAAAGUAAAAUAAGGAUAAAUGUGAUAUUCUGGAUCAAUGUUCAUGGAGUGUUUCCAGUCAGCGUUACCAUGGUGAGAUAAAGUAGUGCUGCUCUUUCUGGUAAAAAAAAGACUUAAGAACAAUUGAAAAGGUCAGGAAUUAAGACUCUUGAAAACAGCACUGUCCAACCUGAUCAUUAUUCAGUUGUCCAAUGAAGUUUUCUCCAUGUUGUCUCAGAAUAAAUCUGUGAAAAGCACAGAGGAAGUGGCUCUUCAGAUCCUCUUGCUUUGCCAGGUUUGGGUUGGGACUGUAGUCAACAUUUUUCUGUUUGUCCAUAAUUUAUCUCCAAUCUUGAAUGGCUCUGAACAGAGGCCCAUACAAGUCAUUUUAGCUAACUUAGCUGUGGGAAACGCCUUAAUUCUCCUCUUUGCAUUUCCAUACAAUAUUUCAGUUUUUGUUCCAAGGGAACCCCCAACUGACCUAAAAUGUAAACUUGGGUACUUCAUUUGGCUAGUGGCCCGAAGCACAAAUAUGUGCUCCACCUGCACCCUGAGCACUUAUCAGUUUGUCACUCUUGCUCCUGGUGUCUGGGGUAGGGUGAUGCUCAGUGGAAGAGCCCCCAAAUUUGUGAGUUAUACUUGUUAUAGUUGUUGGUUGUUCAGUGUCUUAAAUAAUGCUCACAUUCCAAUGACAGUCAGUGGUCCACAGAAAAAACAUAAUGAUACCAAUUCUAAAAGCAAGUGGGUUUGCUCCACCACUGGUUUCAGUGUAGGCACGGGCAUCUUGUCGUUUGCCCAUGAUGCAAUGUUCAUCAGCAUCAUCAUCUGGACCAGUGUCUCCAUGGUGAUUCUCCUGAACAGACACCACCAAAGACUGCUGUAUAUUCAAUCCCCCAAACAGAAGCUCAGAGCCUAUGCUGAGAUCAGAGCAGCCCACACCAUCCUGAUGCUAGUGGUAACAUUUGUGACCUUUUAUCUUCUAGACUGUAUUUGUACAUUCUUUCACAUUUCUUUUGUGGACUCUUGGCUCUGGCUGAGGCAUGUCAAAGAAAUUUUGGCUGUAAGCUUCCCCACCAUUUCUCCCUUACUGUUGACCUUUAGGGAUCCUAAGGAUCCUUGUUCCCUGCUAUUGAGCUUCUGGAAAUCAAAGUCCAAAUGACAAACACUACUUGUAACCUUCCUAACAACCAUCAAUAUUCUAUUCUCUGAAAAUAUGUUGAACAUAUUUC